AUGUCAAUUUUGGCAUUUCGUGAAUGUUGUUUUUGGCUCCUUUCAUUACGUGCCUCUGGGUCUCGAGCAAAAUUUUCUUUUAAUUGAAAUCCUACUUUUCCUUGGCAGGCGCGCGCUUUUAAUCCUUUUGGGAAAAAGUUAACAACGUCCAACGAGAACACCAUUGAAACAACCCAACGAAUAAAGCAAAUAACUGUGCAAUGAUGGCACUUUCAGCGAUGAAUGUUUUGAUGAAACGAUCCAGUUCCGGGCUACAAAUGUUGAGGCCUCAGGCUAUAGCGGCCGUAGGGUCCUCUUUAGGCAGCGAUAAACAGCAGGCCCGCGGUGCCGCGAAAUGGUAUCCUGAUCCAGAGUUCAUGAAACAAUUCAGCGGACCUGUUAUGUACCCCAAUGAGUCUACCGCCCUCAUGAAACUACCCCCUUGGAAUAGCAAAAUUAUGCCAGUGGAAAAGUCGGUGCGCAAUCUAACCAUUAACUUUGGACCACAGCAUCCAGCUGCUCAUGGUGUAUUACGUUUAGUCCUAGAAUUAGAUGGUGAGACUGUAAUGCGCGCUGAUCCUCAUAUUGGGUUGUUACAUCGCGGCACUGAGAAGUUGAUCGAAUAUAAAACUUACACACAAGCGUUGCCAUAUUUUGAUCGUCUUGACUACGUAUCCAUGAUGUGCAACGAGCAAUGCUAUUCGCUGGCCAUAGAGAAAUUGCUUAAUAUUGAAGUGCCACUACGCGCCAAGUAUAUUCGCACACUUUUCGCCGAAAUCACACGUAUCCUAAAUCACAUUAUGGCCGUUGGCACACAUGCUUUGGAUGUGGGUGCGCUUACACCGUUUUUCUGGCUGUUCGAGGAACGUGAAAAGAUGAUGGAAUUCUAUGAACGUGUUUCCGGUGCACGCAUGCACGCAGCCUAUAUACGCCCCGGUGGCGUUUCUUUGGAUAUGCCACUUGGUCUAAUGGAUGACAUCUAUGAAUUUGCUUCUAAGUUUGCCGAACGUUUGGACGAGGUUGAAGAUGUACUCACCACAAACCGUAUUUGGGUACAACGUACUGCCGAUAUUGGCAUCGUAUCUGCCGAAGAUGCGCUUAAUUAUGGCUUUAGCGGCGUUAUGUUGCGCGGUUCGGGCAUCAAAUGGGAUUUGCGUAAGCAGCAACCAUACGACGCCUACCAUUUGGUUGAUUUCGACGUACCUAUUGGCACCAAGGGUGAUUGCUAUGAUCGGUAUUUGUGUCGUGUAGAAGAAAUGCGCCAAUCGUUGCGGAUCAUCGAUCAAUGUUUGAAUCAAAUGCCAGCUGGCGAAAUAAAAACCGAUGAUGCUAAGAUAACACCACCCUCACGUGCAGAAAUGAAAAGCUCCAUGGAGGCGCUCAUUCAUCACUUUAAGCUGUUUACCCAGGGUUUUCAAGUACCGCCUGGUGCCACGUACACGGCUAUUGAAGCACCAAAGGGUGAAUUCGGUGUUUACUUGGUGUCUGAUGGCUCAAGCCGCCCAUAUCGUUGCAAGAUUAAGGCCCCCGGUUUUGCACAUUUGGCGGCGCUAGAUAAAAUUGGCAAGCAACAUAUGUUAGCUGAUAUUGUGGCGAUCAUUGGUACACUGGAUGUUGUAUUUGGCGAAAUCGAUCGAUAAAUGCAAAAAGAGGCAUAGUAAAUAUAAAGUGUAAAAAUAAUUUUUGUUUUGCACGAGAUGUUGAACAAGCGAAAGUGGAAUAAAUAGGGUUUAUUAAAGCUAUCAAUUCAUCUCCUA